CAGCAGCAGUUCUCCCCGGUUGAACAACCCCGAGUGAUCCGGCCUCAUGCAUCAAUAGCUCCUGUUGACUUGGAGAAAACAAGAGAAGGCAGUGGUUUCAAGAUUUUUGGGUUUAAGGUUGAUACUACCAGCGCCCCUUCUAACCAUUUGAGCUCCACAAUGGCUGCAAUCCACGAGCCUGUGCUACAAACCCAAGCAUCCGCAUCAUUAACUCAAUUGCAGCAUGCACACGCUGAUUGUAUUCCUGAGCUGUCCGUAAGCACUGCUGGGACUACUGAGAAUGAGAAAAGCAUUCAACAAGCUCCUCACAGUUCGAAAGACGUCCAAAGCAAGUCCCAUGGUGCUUCCACAAGGAGUUGCACAAAGGUUCAUAAGCAAGGUGUUGCACUUGGUAGAUCAGUGGAUCUGUCAAAGUUUGGCGACUACGACGAACUCACAGCUGAGCUAGACAGGAUGUUUGAAUUUGAUGGUGAACUGAUGUCUUCAAACAAGGAUUGGCAGAUUGUGUAUACUGAUCCGGAGGGUGACAUGAUGCUGGUGGGAGAUGAUCCAUGGGAGGAGUUCUGCAACAUAGUGCGCAAGAUCUUCAUCUACACCAAGGAGGAGGUCCAGAAGAUGAACUCGAAGUCAUCUACCCCGAGAAAGGAGGAAGGUUCCGCGGAUGCCGAUGGCGCAAACGAGAAGGCCCAUCCCGCCACGUCAAGCCAUUUAGAUAACUAGCCAACUAGGUUGCGUUAAGCCGAUUUGAGGCAUGAGGUGAGGUAUCGCACGGGGAGCUUUGUCCUGCCCUCGCUCGGGUCCCAGCCAGCCAGCCAGCCAGCCAAUGAAGUAACUCCUGAUGUCUUUUGGUGAUCGCCCCCUCCCCCUUGUGAUGCAGCAACGACAACCCAACCCAACCCUUUGGAUUUAGCUAUUUACUUGCUAGGUAAUGUAGAGAGAGAGACUUUGCUGCGCUGCGCGAUUGUUUAUCCGCUGGUUUGCUUGCUUGCUCUUGGCAGUUAAGAUUUUUAGGGCCAAGAUUUAUGAUUAUCGUUGCCCCCCUGCUUGAAUGCAUGCUUGAUCCUUAGCCCUCCCUCCUCUUUCCCCCCAGCCACCCUGAUGUAAAUAUUUAUCUACCUUGCUCUAGCUAGUGUUAGUGAGUAAGUAAGCAAGCACCCUGUAUUAUUUAACCGACCGACCUGCAGUAGCUGUUCCGGAGUAAGAAACACUGGCAAAGACGAUGGUAUAUGUACGUCUGAUCCUGUUUAAUGUACUAUUAAUGGCUA